CUUCCGCUUUACUCUUUAUUGCAGAGUUCUGUUGCUAAUCUCUGAAUCUCGCAUUAUAGUUCAUUCAUUACUGGGCUGGCGAAGCUGAGGAAACGGGUAUCUGUAGAGCCUAGUCUCGACUGUGUGCGUUGGGGAGGACGAAUGGGGGGAGCAGGCUAGGAUAUAUAAUGAUAUCUUAGGCACUUUAAUGUGUCUUCAGUUGAAAAUAUGAAGACAUUGUGAUAGGAUAUACUUAAAACCAGUCAUGGUAGUUUUAUUUAGGUGAAGGGUUGUGGGUGAUUUAUAUUUUGUUUUGCUUAUCUUUGAUUUUCCCAUAAAGAACACAGAUUGUAUAAUAGGGAGAUAAAAAGAAAAACCCUCUAAGUGUAAAGCGGUGUUUGAUUUUGCGAUUGUAUACCUAACUCUAUAAACGAAUAAUUGACAUCUUUACUAUAAAAAGUUCAAGAUCUGGGAAUGGAUAUGCUGUAACAUAUCAGUGAGCUAACUUUCUGUAUGUUGUGUAUAGAAUUUAAGCCAUCUCUCAGAAUUGUAUGGUAGAGCUAAAGAAGAAGGCCACCAACCAAGGGUCAUCUGAAAUUGUGAUUGGCUAAUAAUCCCAGGACAAAAUUAGAGAUCACUGCUCAAGCAUAAGGCCUCUACAGAGAUGUUUGAUUUAAAGGCUUGGGCUGAGUAUGUUGUGGAAUGGGCUGCAAAGGACCCAUAUGGCUUCCUUACAACAGUUAUUUUGGCCCUAACUCCAUUGUUUCUAGCUAGUGCUGUACUGUCUUGGAAAUUGGCCAAGAUGAUUGAGGCCAGGGAAAAGGAGCAAAAGAAGAAACAAAAACGUCAAGAAAAUAUUGCAAAAGCUAAACGACUAAAAAAGGAUUGAAGGAAUGAACAGGCUCUGCAACCAGAGGAAGAUCGUUUGGAAAAUUAUGCAGCUUUGGAAGGACCCAUUAAGAUUUCUUUUCGGAUCUUAUGACAGUAUUAUUUAGUAAAUGAAGUCUGAGCAUAUGGAAGAAUCCUGUUAGUUCUCACCUGUACUGUAGCAACUUUUAGGCUUCCGUGUAGAAGUCUGUUGACAGUUACUGUAAAUUGGCAUUUAUUAUGCUACAAAUUCUUUACAACUGACUUAGUCAUUUGCCUUUUUGCAGCUUAUGUACUAAAAUGAAAACAUCUUGUGGAGAAAAAUGGCUUUAGAUUUUGAACUCUAUUCAAGUAAUGGCUUAAAGUGGGGUCCUGUUCUGGACAAAGGAGAUUAAGAAUGUAAAAAUCAGAAUUGUCCUGAGGUGAAAAGCGUGCUUUGGCUUAAAAGAGAUAUUGUGUAUUAAUUACAUCUUUUAUUAUUAUUACUUAUUUCUUGUAGUAGAAUUAUUUCUGGCUUCCUCAAAGCAAAAUAAUAUUAUUCAAUGAGUACUUCUAUUUUCUGUAUUUUUCUCAUUUCAGCUUUUGAGAUGUUGGUAAUUACCAGAGAUUCUGCAUUUUUUUAAAUCUAAUUUGAUAAAGAAUUGUCUUAUUAUUAUCUUGAGUAUGUAGAAUACCACUUACUGGAUAUAACAAUUUUUGUACUUAUGAACACUGCUAUUUUCUUAGAGGUGAUUUGAGUAGAGUAACACUAUAAUUUAAAGUUUGGAGUAAAAAUGCCAAACCUUGUAGUACCUUGGAACCAGUUUAUUCUCACUUGUGCUAAGUAGAAAUGUGAAGUAGUUAAAAUGUCUUAGCAAAUAAUUUGCUGAUUAUAUGGGUACCACUUUUGUUUUUUAUUCCAUUCUUUCUUUUAAUUCAUUUGGUAGUGAUGUCCUUUACUUUUUUGAUCCAGGAGGUUCAUGGUGAAAAUUAAAAUUUCAAAUUUCUUUUAAGGAACUUUAAAGAGUAAAAGAAAGGCUUAACAUUUGGAAAAAUUUUGUUUGGCAUAGUAUUGAGUGAAAAAGAUGUAAAUUAUGUCCAAAUGAGAAUGUGUUAUAAUUAGAAAUAAAGAGCUAAAGAAUAUGUCCUUCAGUUAAGUAGUAUAACUGGAACUUCUUACUCUUUAACAUGGCUUUUAUAAAUGCAUGAUUAAUAAUUUUAUUUGUUGUCAAUAAUUAGUAGCUUAUUAAUGUUUUCCUCACCUCUGAUAAUGAAUUUUAAGUUACAAAAAAACUGUCCAAAAGCUUUAACUUAAAAAUGAAACUAGAUACUGAAAUAAAUUUGAUACUUUUUUAUAAAGAGGUCUUGGGCUUUGGGGUUAUUUUUGGGGGGGGGCGGGCAGAGUAAUACAUUUAGAUAUGUUAUAGAAGUUAGACUUUUGAAAGUGUUAUGAAUUUCAUUUAUAGAUAAGCAGACAGUUGACCCUUGAACACCACGGGGUUAGGAGCACAAGUCCUCCCUUGCAGUCGAAAAUCCCCAUAUAACUUAUAAUGGACCCUCCCUCUGUACACUGUUCCUUCCUAUACGCGGGUCCUCCAUGUCUGCAGUUCUGAGGUUCUGCACACAGUGCUUCAUCUGUGGAUUCAAGCAACCCUGGAUCAUGUAGUACUGUAGUAUUUACAAUUGAAAACAAUCUGUGUAUUAGUGACUGUACAGUUUGAACCCAUGUUGUUCAAGGAUCAACUGUACUUGUAAAAGUUGAGAGCAAUGUUUCCCAAAUAUGAGAACCUAAGGACAUCUGACAAUGUUUAUGGACUGGUUUGAACAAUACUUAUUACUGUUAUUUUAGGUUGUCAGUUCCCACUUGAGGCCACUGUAAUUAACACAUUGCAGUGCUGGGCACUGAAAUAAUUCAGUGUUUAAUUAUGAAUUAGUUAUUCAGGUGAUCUAGGAUAUGCUUUUUAUAUGAUCACUGAAUUAAAACUUAGUUAUCUACUAAAGCUGUGGUUUUAUUGUUCAUUGUGACAAUUUAAAGGUAUUUAACUAAAAUAGGUUUUUCUGUAGUCCCUGUUAAUACAGUUUUGUAUGUGUUUGACAUAGGCCAUUUGUUUCUUCAGCUUUUCCCAACAUCUAUGGGGCCUUUUUACUCAUUUGAGGUUAACAAGGUUUUAUAAUAUUUGUGUCUAUGUUUGUGUGUGUUGGGGGGAGGGGAGAUGUAAAUUUGAAACUAUAGAUCUUCCUCAGUUAACAAUGGGUUACAUCCUGAUAAACCCAUUGCAAGUUGAAAAUAAUUCACUGAAUAAUGUACUGAAAGUGAAAAACUGAAUGGUUAUAUGGGUAUAGGAUGGUUAUGUGGACAUGGGGUGUUUACUCAUGACUGCGUGGGUGACGGGGAGCUGUGGCUCCCUGCCACUGCCCAGCAUCACGAGCGUGUCCUGCACAAUGCUAGCCCGAGAAGAGAUCAAAACUUAAAGAACGGUUUCAGUUGAAUAUGAAUGUGUAUCGUAAAGUUGAAAAAUUAAGUUGGGGACUGUGUGUUGUAAGGUUUGAGAUUCUUCAGAAAAGUUAAUCUUUUAAUUGUAACAUACUAUUAUGGUUAAAAGAAUCCCAUUUACUCUUACCCAGAAUACUUCUUUUAAAAACUGCCUAUUAUGUUGUUUCUGAAGUUCUUAGAACUAAUAUAAUCAAUUACCUUUUUAUGGCCGGUUUUGAAGAAAAAACAAACAAGAUCCCUAUAAGAAACAUUUUACUGCUGCCCCCCCCCCCCCCAAAAGUUUGUGCAUCAGAAUUUGAUCCAUAGUGUCCAAGUGGUAAAUUUCAGCAUGGUGUUACUGUAUCAGAUGUGCAAGGGCGUGUUAAACUUAUUUCCUGAAAUUACAGUGAGCAAACUGGAAAUAAGCUUUGGACGCUGAGAGCUGGAAACUCAAUGUUGAAAUCCACUAUAACUAACAGCUCCUCACCCAUCCUUAGGGGCACUUUAUACCUAUCUGGUUUUAAGUUAGAGGAAGUCUGAUUCCUAUUUAGGAAUGAUUGCUUUUAUGUUUGCAACUGAUUAUAGGAUCACUCUGAUUUACUUCAUGUCUAAUAUAUAAGGACAAAUUCUGUAUUUCUCAGACAUAUUAAAAGGGAUUCCGUGUUCAAAUACCAAAAGUUUGGGAAAACAAGGUAAGACAAUUUAUUUCUGCAUGAUUUCUUAGAGUCUUAACUUACUUUGACUAUCUCAGACUCUCCUCUUUUCUAUUCCCCCAAUGAACACAACAGUUUGAGAACGUCUAGUCUAAAUGAAUUCAGGUUACAUUUUAAAUAGUGUGGUCAAUGAGAUAGCAUUAAAAAUCAGUAUGAUGGCAUUGGGUCAAGGCUGAUAAAAUUAAGAAAUAAAUGAGAGCCAGAAAUCUGUUAGUAGAAAUAGGAAUGGAAAAGAAUAACAAUGGGGAAAAAUUAUUUCUUCCUUUUUUUUUUUUUGAUUUUUAACUUCAGAUAUUCAAGGCGUAGCUAAUAGGCUAGAUUUAUAUGGUUAAACCCAACAGGCAAGGCACGUACACUUGAGCAGUGUGUAUAAUAAGGCCUUUGGGGAAAAAAAAUGCUAUAUGCAUAUAUAGCAGAGGCAUAGGAAGUCAGGAUUUAUCUGAGAGUACUUAAGGUAUAUAUGACACUUUUAAAAUGAACAUUUAACUUAUGAAAUUAAAAAAACUGCAUGGGUUUGGAGUCUGUCUUGAAGAGAUGAAGAAAAACAUUUCAUUUAAAAAAAAACAAACAUGUAAAUGCCUCAAAUAUAACUAUGUAAAAUAUGAAAUAUGGUGGACAAGUGAAUAUUUUAUGUAAAACUUUGAUUCUGCUUUGCAUGUGUCUGGCCUAAAAGCCACAUAUAAAAACAAGAUUGUUUAGAAAGGCAAUCUUAAUUAGGCCAAGAUUAUAGUUCAGUUUUUAUGUAGGACUAAAUGUUCUCAGAACUCUGUUCUGAUAACCACCGAACAGUGUAACCAGUCAUCCUAAAAAUGUUAGUCUUGAGGAAAGGAAUGUGGAUGGAUUACUACAAACUUUAUUCCCACUUCUGAAAAUCCCUUUGAAAAUGCAUAUCUUACUAAUAAUGGGUGGACCAAUAUCAUCUUACUAUAACAUAACUAUUGGCUAAGAUUUUCUUUUGUGUAAUAGAUAUUUUAAAACGAAAACCAUAAAAAUUAAAUUAAUGUAAAUUCCGUCAUACAUUAAGAUAUUUGUAAACAGCCUACAUGGCAAACAUUUGUAAAAGAUGUAUAUAGAAUACAUUUAAUAAGCGGAUAAGAAUUCAGUGGUAGAAACAUUCUAUUCUAGCAUGUUAGAAUUUACAAUGUUUCCUGUAACCUAGGAUUCAACAACGUCUUACUUUACAGUCAAUUAUACAACAAAUUUUAUCUCUUUAUAUUGUCUAGUAGCUAGUUCCUUUUUUGCCUCUUUGGUAAAAUGUAAAACUACUUUGUAAUAAUGUAAAGAGACAGAAUGAUUUAACCUGAUAUUAACAGGGAUGCUGGAAUGUUAAAUAUUACCAUCUAGGGCUUUUUUUUUUUUGUCAUUCCAUAAGUAUUAUGGUGAUUACAUAUGAUUACAUUUUAUAAAGUUGUAUUUUUCUGUAGUUUAUUUCUUAAGCAAUUAAAAAUUUUACCUUCUAUUAAGUAAAAAUCUCAACCUAUGUGUUUUUAGGAAUUCAUUGUUAAACACUUAACCAAGGAUUUCCUUAUAUUAUUCAGAGCAUUAGUUUGGGUCACUUAUUCAGUCCAUAUUUAUUGAGUAGCUAUUAUAAUGCCAAACACUGUUGGAAGACCUCUAUAUUAGAAUUAGAACUCUGUUAGCCUCAAAAACUUGAUUGUGCACUUCAGAAAAUAUAUGACUUUUCUAAAACAGUUUUAUGUAUAAUCUGUUUUGAUAUUAUCAUGUCUAUAAUUUUCUUCAAUAUAUAAACCACUGUAAUCUCCACUAUCAGUGAAAUCACCUUCUAAGAACUCUGCGGUAUUUUGUUUCUUCAAAGUAACUUUUAAAGUCAGAACUACAAUUACUGUACCAUUUCUCUGUUUACCAUCCUUUCAGACUUUUGUGAUAGAUGAUCUACUUCUAUUUGGUCCUAAUUCCUUCCUUUAAAACUCCAACCUCAAUCCCACCAUAAAAUAGCUUUUGUCCCAUCUAUUCAUCAAGAUCACAGGGUUUUUUUUAAUUUAUCAAAUAAAUUUUCUUGGCCUCCUCACGUUUUAUCCAAGUUCAUAUUUUUGAUUAGUCCUUUAGAAAAUCUUAGAGUGCCUCUAUAGAAAUAGCAGUCUUCUUUUAUAUUGAUCAUUUAGGAGAGCUCAAUAUUUAGCCUUACCAUUUCUAGCAAGAUAUAUUUUGGGUGGUUCCUAAAUAAUUGUAAGGAUCCAAAUUGUACUGAGCAUUUACAGGUACAAGAUCCCAAAGAGUUCGAAGAAACUAAGCAAACUCAUAAACACAGAAUGACGACUAAAUCAAGUGAAGGAUUUAAGUCUAAAAGUAGUUAGGUUGCUAUAGUUCAUAACCUCACACUUCU